GGUUUGAGUUCGAAUGUGUGUGUGAGAAAGGCAAGGAGAAAAAUGAACUUAGAACUUGACUAGGCUUAAACUUUUUCUCUGGGCAAUUUGCACAGACAGGACCAACUGAGAGCAUCAGCUGAAUAUAUGAGAUAUGGAGGUUCAUAGGUGCGCAGGGUGGAGAGAGAUCUUGGUCCUCCUAAACCUGCUUGCAUGUGUGGUUGGACUGUCUGGACGCUGCAGUCUGUUUGGUCGCCAUCAUGUCCACACCUUUGACGGAGUGGUCUAUGAGUUCCCUGGAGACUGUAGCUAUCUACUGGCAGGAGACUGUCGCCAUCGCUCCUUCACUCUGUUAGGUGAUUUUGUCCAAGGGAAGAGGACCGGUGUGACUCUGUUUCUGGGGGAGGUCUUUGAGCUACAUCUGUCUGUCGAUGGACGCCUCUCCCAGGGAGAGAAAAGCCUGGCCUUGCCCUAUGCAUCUCACGCUGUCUUCGUGGGUACUGAGCUGGGCUUCUACAAGCUCUGGAGCGAUGAGUUUGGCUUCUCCGUUACCAUUGACAAUGCAGCCAACAUCGGGGUGACCAUGACCAAACACCAUGCCAACCACACCUGCGGUCUGUGUGGCAACUUCAACAGUGCUCCUGACGAUGAUUACACGGCACAGGAGGGCUUCCUGACAGAGGACAGUUAUGACUUUGCAAACUCCUGGGCUGUGAAAGGGGCAGGAGAACCAUGUCAUCGUGUCUCACCUCCCAGCCAAUCCUGUAACAGCACAGAAAAUACUCCAAUGGUGUUGUCCAGAUGCAGUGUGUUACGGACCUCCAGUGUUUUUCUGCACUGUGCCCACGUGGUUUCUCCCGAGGCCUUCCUGACCCUGUGUGAGGAGGAGGCGUGUCACUGUGGACAGGGGAAGGGGCCAGACUGUCACUGCGGAGUCCUAUUGGAGUACGCCCGGACCUGCCACGCCCACGGUGUACUGCUAAAUGGAUGGUUGGAGGAGAGCCAGUGUUUAGCCCCCAGGUGCCCCAUAGGGAUGCAGUACAGUGAGUGCAGCAAGUCCUGCUCUACAACCUGCCAGAGCCUCAACAUCCAGGAGGUCUGCAAGGAGGAGUGUGUGGACGGGUGCUCAUGUCCUGUGGGAAAGGUUUUGGAUGGGGAACGCUGUGUGGAGGUGUCUCAGUGUUCCUGUGUGCACAUGGGACGACACUUCCCUCCAGGUUCCAGCAUCUCUCAGGACUGCAACGUCUGUGUGUGUCGCCAUGGCUCCUGGGAAUGCACCAAUGAGGGCUGUCCUGGGGAGUGCCUGGUGAUGGGUCAGUCUCACUUCAAGACAUUUGAUAACAAGUUCUUCACCUUCACCGGCCAGUGCCAGUACCUGCUGGCCAGUGACUGUGCUGAAGGCCAGUUCUCCGUCAUUAUUGACACUGUGCAGUGUGCAGACGAGCAGGAUUCUGUGUGCACACGCUCAUUGACUCUCAGCCUGCCCUCCCUGGAGAACAUGACGGUGAAGCUGAAACAUGGAGGAGGGGUGUCUGUCAACGGCAUGGACAUCCAGACACCUCUCAACCACGGUCGCCUGCGCAUCCAGAGAUCGGUCCAGUCCGCGGUGCGCGUCAGGUUUGGAGAGAAUCUCCAUCUGGACUGGGACGGACGGGGCCGUGUGCUGUUGAAGCUGCAUCCCGUGUGGGCGGGGAAAACCUGUGGUCUCUGUGGGAACUACAACGGUAACCAAGGUGAUGACUUCCUGUCUGAGGCGGGGCUGGUGGAGGCGAGCCCGCAGGCGUUUGGCCAAUCGUGGAGGACCAGCGGAGAUUGUGAUCCCCCACAUAGACCAGAAACUGACCCUUGUGCUCUUAACCCUAAAAGAGUGCGUUUUGCUGAGGAGUCGUGUUCCGUGCUGAUGUCUGAGGCGUUUGGGCCGUGUCACUUUCUGGUGAACCCGGGCCCCUUCCUGCGGUUCUGCAGGUAUGAUGUGUGCGCGUGCUCCAGCAGCGAGGAGUGUCUGUGCUCCGCCCUUGCCUCCUACGCCGCCACCUGCGCCGCCAGGGGAGUGCUGCUGCACUGGAGGACACCCUCACUGUGUGAUCUGGGCUGCUCUAACGGCCAGGUGUACGAGGCCUGUGGGAGUGUAUGUGAGGGGUCCUGCCGGUCUCUCUCUGGGGCUGAGUCAGGCUGUGAGGGAGAGGCUGUGUGCGAGGAGGGCUGCUUCUGCCCCCCCGGACAGUACCUCAGCCACUCUGGAGAGUGUGUGACAGCUGACCAGUGUCCCUGCCUUCAUGACGGACAGAUGUACCAGCCCAACGACGUCUACGCUGACCACAACACUAUCUGCUACUGUGAGAACGGCUCCAUGCGCUGCAGCUCUAAUGAGAUGAGCAAUGCCUUGCUGUCUGACCUCUUCUACGACGACGACAAUCUCCCGCCCUCCAGAGAACGUCGGUCGGCCCCCUGCCCCCCCCCUCUGAAGCGUGUGGAGUGUGAGGGGGGGGAGGAGGGUCUGGAGUGUGCUCGUACCUGUCAGAACUUGGACCUCCCCUGCCUCAGUCUGGCCUGCAUCCCUGGCUGCCUCUGCCCCCCUGGCACGGUGAGCCAUCGUAGAGCAUGCAUCGCCCCGGAGCAGUGCCCCUGUUACCAUAACAACAAAGCCUUUAGCUCGGGAGAGACCAUCUCCAUGGACUGUAACACCUGCGUGUGCGAGAACCGGAAGUGGCGCUGUACGGAGAGGGUGUGUGAUGGGGUGUGUCGCACCGUGGGCGAGGGGCACUACGUCACCUUUGACGGCCUGAAGUACUCCUACCCUGGACUGUGCCAGUAUGUCCUGGUCCAGGACAUGUGUCAUGGGGAGGAGGGCUCCUUCCGCGUGCUGGUCGAAAACGAGGCGUGUGGAAUUGUGGGUCAACGCUGCGCCAAAGCAGUCACAGUCUACUACCAGGGAGGACUGAUCACUAUGCAGCACGGGGAGGUGAGGAUGCGGAGAGCGGUGUUGCAGGGCUCAGAAGUCGAGAUUGUUCGCUCUGGCCUGUUCUACAUCCUGCUGCUGGGGAAACACAUCUCUAUCAUCUGGGACCGGGGCACACGUCUAGUGGUCCACCUGUCUGCCUCCUACAGGGACCGGGUGUGUGGUCUGUGUGGUAAUUUCGAUGGCAAUGUCAACAACGAUCUCCUGGGCAGUAACAAUCAGCUGGAGGUCGCCUCCGCUCACUUUGGAAACUCCUGGAAGGUCAAGCCCAGCUGUGCAGACGCCACGCAGCCGGCCUCUCCCUGCAGUGACAAUAUAGUGAAGCUGAUGACAGUGGAGCAGUCGUGUCGCGUGCUGACAGGGCCUCUGUUCAGGGACUGUAACAGCCAGGUGGACCCUGAGCCCUUCAUGGAGAUGUGUGUGGAGGCCGCUUGCUCCUGCCCCUCCGUCGGAGACUGCGCCUGCUUCUGUGACGUCAUCGCGGCCUAUGCUCAGGCCUGUUCCGAGAGGGGCGUGGCCAUCAGCUGGAGGUCCAAUGAGCUUUGUCCUAUGAGCUGUGAGGCUCUGAAUGAGGCAGGGCCUGGUGUGGGGGAGGAGCUAUGCCAGUGGAGGUAUAACACCUGCGGUUCUGCCUGUUCAAUCACCUGCCAGCACCCGGACCCCCUCCACUGCCCCUUCACCUGUGUGGAAGGUUGCCAUGCCAACUGUCCCCCAGGUCAGCUAUUGGAUGAGGUGACCAUGCGCUGUGUUAACCCCUCCCAGUGCCAGAUGUGUGUCCAUGAGGGGCAAAUAAUCUCCCAUGGCAACAAGGUCAUCCUAAACCACAAUGACCUCCAGCACUGUCAGAUAUGCCACUGUGAGAACAAUACCUUGAGCUGUGAGGGUUGCCCCCCCCUGGACUUUCUCACCACGCCGGCCCCCACCCCUGGCCUGACUACGCCCAGCGCCCUGCUCCUCUCCACGGUGAUGCCCGAGAACAACUGCGAUCGCGCCAUGGACCUGGCCUUCCUAUUGGACGGCUCCACGGCGCUGAGCGAGGAAGACUUUGAGGCGCUGAAGCUGUUCAUUCUGGGUGUGGUGGAUCGCUUCCGCAUGGGCUCCGCUCACACUCGCGCCACUGUGCUGCUAUAUCACUCCGGGGUCAAGACCUAUGACAUGCAGGUCCAGAAGUGGCUGUUUAAGAAGACCGUGAGAGAGUUGCAUUACAGCGGGGGAGAUGCAGCCUUCCUGGAUGAGGCUAUUAAGUACCUGGCCAUCAACAUCUACGACAAGAACAAGCGCGAUAACGCCGGCCGGGUGGCCAUCAUUCUGACGGCCAGUAAGAACCCUCGCUCCCUCCGCUCCACCAUCAAGCUGCUCCGCAAGAAGAGCAUCACCACCCUGACCCUGGCGCUGGGGCCUGAGGCGGACAUGGCCCAGGUGAGCGAGAUCACCAAGUCCAGCCCGGACAGCCGGGCCUACAUCCUGAGCAGCACAGCUGAGCUGCCCUCACGCCUCCUGGAGGUCUCCGACCACCUCUGCACCCUGGGGAUGGAGCCCGAGGGGGCCAAGCCUCCCCCGCCGAAGCCCACCGCCGCUAAGCCUAGCCUGGGCACCACCACCACCACUCAGCCCCCCCUCCUGGAGCCGGUCCCCACACAUCACUCCCCCAGCACCCUGACCCCUACCAGACCUGGUGGGCUGGCCCCUGUGACCACCACCUCCACCCCCAUCUCUAAAGACGUGACCUUCAUCCUGGAGGGCUCCGACACGGUCGGUGAGACGGGUUUCAACCAGUCUCUACACUUCCUGGAGGAAGUGAUCUCACAGCUGACCGAGAAGGAGGAGUCCAUUCGCAUCACCGUUAUCCAGUACUCAGUCACGGUCACCGUGGAGAUCAAGCGCUGGGAGGUGCGUAGGCAGAGGCAAGCGUUGCUACAGCGACUGCGGGAGAUCCGUUGGCGGGGCGGGGCCGCGACUAACACGGGCGCCGCCGUUACCUCGGUCUACCAGGAAGUGGCUACAGAACAGCCCAGAUCCCCUUCCACCCCACCCCAGCUGGUGUUCCUGGUGACAGAGAACCCCCCCACCGACACUGUGAUGCGCCCCCCGUCCACCCACACGCAGACACGCGUGUACCCCAUCGGGGUGGGGCCACGCCUGCGCGAGGUCGACCUUCUGCCCCUCAGCGCUCCGGAGCGCCCCCUGAUGGUGGAUGACUACAGCCAACUGAGGACCCUGGUCCAGCGAGUCAUCAACAUCACACACACCAAAUACACACCUCGCUCCCCCACGCUGCCUCCGCCCCUCCUCCCCACGCUGGGCCCCCAGACCACCCUGCCCCCCUCAGGUAAACGACACACACACCUGUGUGAAAAAAAAUAUGUGCCAUGCACGGCGCCCAUGGACGUGCUGUUCCUGCUGAGGCCUCAGGGGGACGGACAGUUUGAGGACAUGAAGACGUUUGUGAAAGGCUUCGUUAACAGUGCCAACAUCGGUCAGAACGACACCCAGGUGGGUGUGGUGCUGUAUGGGAAGAGCAGCACUGUGGGGGUGUCUUGGAAGGAGGAGCAGAGCAGAACACAUCUACUGGACCUGGUCGACAAACUACCCAGGAAGACAACCACUGCCCCUGCACUGGGUGCUGGCUUGCGAUUUGCUGUUCAGACGGCCAUCUCCCCAGCGAGUGGGGGGCGAGUGGGUGUGGCCAAGGUGGUGGUCAUGUUGGUGAUUGACAAGUCAUCUGAUGACGUCCAGGAAGCCUCUAAUGAGGCACUGACUGCAGGGGUAUCCGUGUUCCCUAUUGGGAUCGGCCCCGACUAUGACAGGACCGAACUGAGCGUGCUUGGCGGUCAUGGCAACCACCACAACACCAUGCAUCUGAACAGUAUGGAACAGCUACUGAUGCUGCUGAGCCUAGACCAUGGUUUUACAGAGCGACUCUGUAGAGCCGGUCCUCCAGGAGUGUGUGUGGAUGAUGAGGGGAAGGAGAGGAAGCCUGGCGAGUCGUGGCUGUUGGAGGACGGCUGCCACUCGGUGCGGUGCCACCCCAGCGGAGCGGUCACGGUCCAGAGCCACAAGGUGAACUGUGACAGGCUGGAGCCCCCAGUCUGCAGGAACAACCUGCCUCCGGUCAGAGUCCAGGAGACCUGCGGCUGCCACUGGGAGUGUCCCUGUAUGUGCAUGGGCGGUGCCAGCCAUCAUGUGGUCAGGUUUGAUGGCAUGGCCCUGAGGCUUGACGAGGAGGGUCUCUGCUCCUACACGCUGCUUGCCGUUGCCAACGGGACAGGGACAGGGUCAGAGGUCAAGCUGCACAGUGGGCCCUGUCAAGGAUCGGCCAAUCACGACCAGAUCUGCAUGAGAGCUAUGGAGGUGUCGCACGGAGCCAGCACACUGCUGCUGAAGGAUGACAUGACGGUAACCAUGGACAGCGAAGUGCUCCGUCUGCCGUGGAGGUCUGGGGGUCUGGAGGUGGUGAGCUAUGGAGGAGUGAUGCUGCACCUGGCUUCAGACCGUGGCUACGUACUGACCUUCACACCGCAGAGCAACGAGUUCACCGUCACCCUCCACACCUCCGCUCUGAAACACCCCACCCUGGGGCUCUGUGGUUCCUGCGAGGAGGAAAAGGUUGACCAGCUGUCGCUCCGCAACGGCACCUCCACGAGCGACCAAGCCGGGUUCGUCUCCGAUUGGACGGCGGCCGGGGCGGGAGGCGUGUGCGUGCCGAGGCAGAAGGCGGUGUGUGUGUCUGGGGCCACGCUGGGCUGUCAGGCCCUGCGUUCGGAGGUGUUUGCCGCUUGUCACCCUGUCGUCCCCAUCCAGCUGUUCCUGGCCCGAUGUGAGGAGCAGGCCUGUCAGGAGACGGACGUGUGCGAGCUCAUCUCCACCUACACACAGCUCUGCCGACAGGCAGGAGUGUGUGUGGAAUGGAGGAGCCCUCAUCUCUGCCCCAUGCAGUGUCCCAGCUCUAUGGAGUACGAUGGGUGUCGGACAGGGUGCGUGGAGGACUGCAGCAGUAUCGGCUCCUCCCCCGGUGAUUGGGGCGCUCCCAGGACCAAUCAGUCCCUGUGUAUGGACACACCCACGGAGGGCUGCUUCUGCCAUGGAGGAACUGUGUUGCAUAAGGGGCGCUGUGUGUCGCCAGAGGCCUGCAGCCAGUGUGUGGACCGGCACGGAUACACACACCCGUACUUCCAUACCUGGACACCUGAUGAUAACCCAUGUCAGAUCUGUAUGUGUCUGGACCAACAACGCAUCAACUGUACCGCUAGGCCCUGUACUGAUGCCAAACCUCCAGAGUGUGGAUCAUGUGAGGUUCUGAGAGAGAGGAGGGACUCCAAAUGCUGUCCUGAAUACGAGUGUGUGUGUGAUUCGGUGAACUGUGAGCUUCCUGAGGUGCCCCGUUGUGAAGACGGCCAGUCUGUUGUGCUGCAGAACCCUGGAGAGUGUCAGCCCAUACACCAGUGUGUCUGCAAAAAGGACGAGUGUGCUCUCCAAGCUCCGCCCACCUGCCCGUCCCACCGCAGGCUGUCAGUCAAAAAGACGCAGUGCUGUGAUGUGUUUGAGUGUGCGUGCGACUGCCGUAACUCCUCCCACUCCUGCCCACCGGGUUACAUCACUUCCUCGUCCACCAACGACUGUGGCUGCACAGAGACCACAUGUCAGCCUGAUAAGGUGUGUGUCAUAGGGGGCGUGGUGUAUCCGGUGGGUAGCCAAUGGGAGGAGUCGUGUGAGAGGUGUACCUGCACCCAGCAGCAGGACCCACACACCCACCUGCACAUCGCCCAGUGUACACCACCUGUCUGUGACCAAAGCUGUCCCCAGGGCUCCUCGUACACCUCCUCAGAGGGGGAGUGCUGUGGAAAGUGCCGGAGGACCAGCUGUGUGGAGACAGAGGGAGAAAUGCUCGGGGACUCACUUAUGGCGGUGCUGACCAGACAGGUAGGGGAGGUGUGGCCCUCCCCAGGGGAGAGGUGUGUGCAGAAUCAGUGUGUGAAGAUGGGUGGUGAGGUGUUUGUGUCCAGCUCCAACGUCAGCUGUCCUCUGAUGGACACUCCAUCCUGCCCUCUGGGAUCUGAGCUCCGCUGUGACAACCAGGAGUGCUGCCCACGCUGCUACUGUGCUCCCCUGGACGCGUGUGUGCUGAACCACACUGUCAUAGGAGCAGGGGAGAGACUCAUGGUGGAUGUGUGUACUCAUUGUGAGUGCUCGGUGGACAAAGGAGCAGUUAAGAAAUACAGACUGGCCUGCAGGAGGAUCAGCUGCCCCAUCUGCCCUGAGGGCUACGUUCUAGAGCAACAGCCCGACUCCUGCUGCGGUCGGUGUGUCCCCACCAUCUGCAUCAUCCAGCGCCCAGACGGCAAGGUGGUGUCUGUGGAGGUGAACAGCACUCGGGAGGAUGGCUGUAGUGUUUACUCCUGUGGAGUGAACCAGAAGGGAGACCUGGUUCUACAGACGAAAGUGACCACCUGCCCCCCCUUGAACCGCCAGCUUUGCCUGGAUGAAGGGGGGAAAGUCAGCCAGCUCGGCACCAGCUGCUGUGAGAUGUGUACAGAGCCAGAGUGUAGAAGGACUGUGGGGAUGUUGAACUUCAUCAAGGUGGAUGACUGCCAGUCCGAGCACCAGAUAGAACUGCACUAUUGCGAGGGUAAGUGUCGGAGUAAGUCCAUGUAUUCUCUGGAGAGGAGCGGAGUGGAACAGGAGUGUGUGUGCUGUUCUGCCAUGGAGACAGAGCCUGUGAGUGUUCCCCUGCGCUGUGCCAACGGAACCCAGAGCCAGCACACCGUCCUGUCCGUCACUCGCUGUGACUGUCACUCUCAACACUGCACCGAGACAAAUAUCAUGUAGACAUGAAAUAAUUUCAAGUGUUUAUACAGUAUGCGUGUACUCUAUCUAGUGUGUGUAUAUUGUAUGUCUGCACUGUGUAUCUGUGUGUGUAUUUGUAUAACCAAAUAAAUAUUCUUGCAGAAAAACUAUAAAGAUGACAUAGAUUCUCAAGCAUUUUUUAUGCACGA